AUGCCCACACGACUGAGAGAGACGUGUACGGCAUGUUCACUGCGGCGGCAGAAAUGCGACCGCCAGUUACCGUGCGGCCGCUGUGUCAAACGAGGCGUCCCCGACCAAUGCACCCGACAAUGGCCCGACAAUGAGUACGAUCCGUCCAUCCAUCGGAUCUAUCCCAGAUCGCGACCGAAGAAGAAACCAAAGGCGAUAGCAGGCAACCGAACUCUCACAGAUAACACACCUUCCACUCCUUUAACAGCGACUGAUAUGUCCGAUUCAUGUCUGCUCGAAGGAAGAAAAGCACAUACGGGGGAGGCCGACAUUGCUGGUCCGGACGCCGGCUGGACAGGUUACGCCUGGGCGAAUGGUGAUCCUCGCUUGCAGUAUUCUUUCCAGCCUUUGAAACCCAUACAACUACGACGGCCAUUAGCUUCCGACAAAAGGCAUGAUGGUGCCACCCCUGGUCAAUGGGUCUCGACGACAGGACUCGGUUUCAACUCGAGGGCUGACACCCAAGAGACAUUUCUCCAAAUGCUUUUUCCGGGCAUCGACCACAUCUGGAAGUUGGUCGACUACCAUGAGUGUUAUUUGCUCUGGUACCACGGUUGUUAUCACGGUCCGACAUUCCGGUAUGAGCUGCACAGCCUUCUGAGCUCACAAGAACCAUCCUCCUCGCUCGUGAUCAGAGGUCUAGACCUUCAAUGGUUGGCUUUGUUGUUCGCCAUCAUGGCCGGAAGCUUGACCUGCGCGACCACCCGCAAACUCGAGCAAUGGGGUUUUUCGAAACGCGAGGCCGUCAAGUUGGCGACGCAGUGGUACAAAGCAACCAUUACCUGUCUGGGUCUCGCCGAAUACACCACCAACCACAGUAUUUACUCGGUUCAUGCCAUCGCCACAUUGACCAUGUCGGCGCAUUCCCUCGGUCGAUCUUCCGAACUGUCAGUGUUGUUAGGCGCCGCCCUGAAAAUCGCCCAGAGUUUGGGGCUGGACCGGCUCUGUCACAAUCCGACAUUGGAGCAGAUUUUGCCUACAACGUCUGAAGAGCAGCGACAUACGCUGCUACAAAGAGAAAUUGGCCGGAGACUAUGGUCACAGUUAUGCGUCCAGGAUUGGAUGUCGUUACCGUUCGCCGAAAGCCACUGCAUCAACCCGUUGCACUUUACCACCACAAAACCCUCGAGUCGCGACCAUUUGACCAUGAAUCCCAUCCCGGCGACGUUUCCGACGUAUAUCAGUUAUGGAAACUACCUUUUUGAGAUUGCAAAGUUGAUGGUUACGCAUCACGAGGCCAUGCUACGGGCGACGACGGCCUUCACCAAAUAUGAGCAGCUUUUGGAAUUCGACGUCAGGAUGCGCACGCUGGCCACCCAAGGCAUGCCACGGUACUUCCAUGUCGUCGAACCCAUCGACCCGACCUGGCCGGAGUGGGUGCGCUGGGCCCGGCGGAGCCUGACCAUCUGCUUCGCCCACAAGAUCAUCAUGAUCCAUCGACAGUUUAUUCGGCCGAGUUUCAUCAAUCCAGCCUACUCCAUCACCCGUAUAACAUGCGUGGCCGCGGCGAAAACAAUCCUAAAUGAAGCCAAACAAAUCGAUAACAACGGUCCUAUUAUUUGGGUCGACAAGGCUUUUUGUGUGGCGGCCGGAAUCAUAUUAUGUUUAGAUAUGUUUCACCGUCAGUCAUCGUCCGACCCUGAAUACCAAACCCACCGCGAUCUCGUGCUGGAAUGUAUCGCCCUCUUGCAAAAAUUCGACACCAGCGUCGUCGCCGUCCGUGGCGCCAGUUUGUUGUCUGCAUUGAUCAACGAAAGAGAAGCGCAGCCACCAGAUCUAACCUGGCCUCCACAAAACAUCAAGAUGACCGACAUUUUCAAGUCCCUAGCGGUUACCACUACAGCUACCGAUGGUAUUCAGAGUAUCGAGCCGCAGUCUAUAACUGCUGCCGCUGUUGAUAUGGACGCCCAAAAUCUCAACCAAAUACCUGAGCUGUUCCCACCUCAGGCAGGGUUCUGUAAUCGCUUCUUGUUCGAGGACUUGCUCAAUUUCGACGUAUAG